CUCUUCUACGACGGGGAGACCGUCUCCGGGAGGGUGGUCCUCACCCUCAAGCACCCCAACAAGCGGCUGGAGCAUCAGGGCAUCAAAGUGGAGUUCAUCGGGCAGAUCGAACUCUACUAUGACCGAGGAAACCACCAUGAGUUUGUGUCUCUGGUGAAAGAUCUGGCUCGUCCCGGUGAAUUCACUCAAUCACAGACAUUUGACUUCGAAUUCACGCAUGUGGAAAAACCGUACGAAUCCUACACAGGGCAGAACGUGAAGUUACGGUAUUUCCUCCGAGCGACUGUCAGCCGCAGACUGAACGACGUGGUGAAGGAGAUGGACAUAGUUGUGCACACUCUGAGCACCUACCCAGAGCUCAACUCCUCUAUUAAGAUGGAGGUGGGGAUUGAGGAUUGCCUGCACAUUGAGUUCGAGUAUAACAAGUCCAAGUACCAUUUAAAAGAUGUGAUUGUCGGAAAGAUCUACUUCCUGCUGGUGAGAAUCAAGAUCAAACACAUGGAGAUAGAUAUCAUCAAGAGAGAAACAACAGGGACCGGACCCAACGUGUAUCAUGAGAAUGACACAAUAGCUAAAUACGAGAUCAUGGAUGGGGCACCUGUGAGAGGGGAGUCCAUUCCCAUCAGACUCUUUCUGGCUGGCUACGAGCUGACUCCAACGAUGAGGGACAUCAAUAAGAAGUUCUCAGUGCGUUAUUACCUCAAUCUGGUGCUGAUCGAUGAGGAAGAGAGACGCUACUUCAAACAGCAGGAGGUGGUGCUUUGGCGGAAAGGAGACAUAGUGAGGAAGAGCAUGUCCCACCAAGCAGCCAUCGCCUCGCAGCGGUUUGAGGGGACAUCCUCCCACGCCGAGGCCAAGACCCCCAGCCAGCACAACGGCCGGCAGUGAGAGGCCACGCAGAGGAAGGCUGCUGUGGAGCCAGUGGGGACAGCAGCACGGAGGAAGAAAAAACACUUCAGAGACUUAAUGAAAAUAAAUAUCCG